AUGGCUGCUCAAAUAGAAUCGAUACGCUCUCUGCUCCUGUCUAACCCGGUCGCCGCUGCGAUUGGCGAUGCGCUCAAUUCCUUCUCUGAGCGCAGAGCAAAGCUCGGCCUCUCCAACCCCGGCAACAUGGAGAACUUGUCCAAGGAGGUCCAGCGCGAUGUCCUGCUCAACAACUACAUGUUCACUGGUGUCCGCGCCGACCUGACCAAGAUCUUCAGCAUGGCCCCUCUCUUUCAGGUCUCUCACCAAUUCGCCAUGGGCGAGCGUAUCAACCCAUACACAUUUGCCGCCAUGUACGGAACUGGCAAGGUGUUCUGCCAAGGAAACGUAGACAACGAAGGUUCCCUCUCUGGACGAUUCAACUUUAGAUGGACCGACAAGCUCGUGUCCAAGUCUCAGCUUUCCAUCUCCCCUGGUGGUCAAGAUAUGGCGCAGUUCGAACACGAAUACAACGGUGACGACUUCAACGCAUCUCUCAAGAUGCUCAACCCUUCUUUCCUUGAGGGUGGCAUGACCGGUAUCUACAUCGGAAGCUAUUUGCAAUCGGUUACCCCUAGACUCGCUCUUGGUAUGGAGACUCUGUGGCAGCGACCUGCUCUGACCCAGGGACCCGAAUGCGCCGUCUCUUACUGUGCCCGAUACAAGGCUGAGGAUUGGAUCGCUACCGCUCAAUUGCAGACCGCUAUGGGAACCUUGAACACCUCGUACUGGCGAAGACUCUCUGACAAGGUUCAAGCCGGCGUUGACCUGAGCCUCGGCCUCGUUCCCUCGCCCGGUGGCUUGAUGGGCGGUGGUAUUCAGAAGGAGGGUGUCACCACCAUCGGUGCCAAGUACGACUUCCGCAUGUCCACUUUCCGCGCGCAGGUUGACUCCAAGGGCAAGCUGAGCUGCUUGUUGGAGAAGCGUGUCGCUCCUCCGGUCAUGAUGACCUUUGCCGCUGACAUUGACCACUUCACGCAACAAGCCAAGCUUGGCUUGGGUGUCUCCAUAGAGGCCGCCCCUGAAGAGUUGCAAGACCAGCAGGAGGCUCUUGGUGCCCAGACUCCUCCCAAUAUCCCCUUCUAA